AUGAGCGGCUCCUUCGAUCGCAAGCUCAGCAGCAUCCUCACCGACAUCUCCAGCUCGCUUAGCUGCCACGCGGGCUCCAAGGACUCGCCCACCCUGCCCGAGUCUUCCGUCACUGACCUGGGCUAUUACAGCGCUCCCCAGCAUGACUACUACUCGGGCCAGCCCUACGGCCAGACGGUGAACCCCUACACCUACCACCACCAGUUCAAUCUCAAUGGGCUCGCUGGCACCGGCGCUUACUCGCCGAAGUCGGAAUAUACCUACGGGGGCUCCUACAGGCAGUAUGGAGCGUACCGGGAGCAGCCGCUGCCUGCCCAGGACCCAGUGUCGGUGAAAGAGGAACCAGAAGCCGAGGUGCGCAUGGUGAACGGCAAACCCAAGAAAGUCCGAAAGCCGCGCACCAUCUACUCCAGUUACCAGCUGGCUGCCCUGCAGCGCCGGUUCCAGAAAGCCCAGUAUCUGGCCUUGCCCGAGCGCGCCGAGUUAGCUGCACAGCUGGGCCUCACACAAACACAGGUGAAAAUCUGGUUCCAGAACCGCCGCUCCAAGUUCAAAAAGCUCUACAAGAACGGAGAGGUGCCGCUGGAGCACAGCCCUAACAACAGCGACUCCAUGGCCUGCAACUCGCCGCCGUCACCAGCCCUCUGGGACACGUCUUCCCACUCCACUCCAGCCCCCGCCCGCAAUCAGCUGCCCCCACCGCUCCCAUACAGUGCCUCCCCCAACUACCUGGAAGACCCCACCAACUCCUGGUACCACGCACAGAACCUCAGCGGACCCCACUUACAGCAGCAGCCACCUCAGCCGGCUACCCUGCACCAUGCCUCCCCGGGGCCCCCGCCUAACCCUGGGGCUGUGUACUGA